AUGGCGCCGCUACUAGCGACUCGCGAACGUUCAACCGCGACUGGGCAGGCGGCCUUGCGAGACAAUGCGGCCGGAGAUACGGGCUUCUGGAAUGGAGAUAUUUCUCCCCGCAGUGUUCCUGGCAGUGGUGAUAUCGCCAGCAACGAAAGCAGCGCCAAGGACGAUGCCCCUGGCAGCACCGCUUCUAGCAGCAGCGCUAACAACAGCGGUAACAGCAGCGGUCGUCGUGACGGUGGCACGAACGCGCCUUCCGCGAGCCAUAGAUGGAGGCGACUAGGCAAUGUGGUUUCCUUCUCCACGCGGCUGGCGAUGGCGUCGCGCAACGCGGCAGCGGCGAUGGACGAGCUGGGACAGGUGGACGACACGCUCACAGGCGUCGCCAACACCGUCGUCGCCGCCACCGCCGCCGCCGCCGCCGCAACUGGUGGUGGUGAUGCUGGCGCCGAUGUUGCUGCUGCUGCUGCUGCUGCUGCUGCUGCUGAUGCGGAUAUUGAUGGUGGUGGUGUUGCCUCAGCGGAACAGGAGGGCUUUCCUAGCGAGGACGCCACGGGGAGGAUGCCGGGUGGCGUCGCAGGGGGGGCGGGGGAGACAGGGCUGCACACCGUGGCUGAAUGGGGGGAUGAGGGGGAAGAUGGGGGGAAGAGCGGGGGAACGGUUGCGGGAGAAAUUUGGGAGAAGCUUGGUGAGGAAGGAGAGGGGAGAAAUGGGUGGAUGGUGAGUGGUGAUGGUGAGGGUGAGGAGGAUGGUUCAAUGGUGGAUGGAGUAAGGGCCAGCGAGGAGGUGGCAUGGGGGCGAGAGUAUGGGGAGCGCGUGCAGGGAAGGGGGAGAGGAUGGGGAGUAGUGCGAGCGAAAGUGAGAGAGAACUUAGGACAAGCCAUUCGUGGCAAUGGUGAUGGUGGUGGUGGUAAGGGUGCUGCUGCUGCUUUCAAUGGCGAUGGAAAGGGAGAGAGGAUAGGAGCGAGAGAAGCAGGGGAAAGAGCUAAGGCGGAGGGGGAGGAGCAAAAGGGGGAAGAGGGGGAAGAGGGGGAAGAGGCGGAAGAGGAGGCAGGGGAGUUUGACGAUGGGUACCCGCCCCCGACUCCCCCUCCUACCACUGCUGCGCCUCCCCCGCGGUCCCCUCCCCCUCCCGCUCCGCCUGCCAUGUCAGCAGCAGCGCUGUUCAAGCCGCGGGGGCGCAAGAGCGUGGAGAGCAUUCGAAUCACGCAUGACGCGCGCCUGUACUGCGUGCUAACUGACGUCUACGUCACCUGCCUCAAGAUGCCGCCGCUGGCGUUCUUCGUGGCAGUGUUUGCCGCGCCCAUCGCCCUCAGCCUGCUCUUCACGCCGCUCUUCCUGCUCGGCGUGGGCGGCCUGCAGUUCGAAGACGGCAUCCUGCCGCCCAUUCACCCCCUCACUCACUCCCACACUCACUCUCACUCUCACUCUCACCCGUACCCUCACUCGCUCGCUCAUUCUCACUUGGACGAACCAUUUGCGAGCCAGUUGGAGGCGAGUCCCGAUCGACAUCAGCAGCAGCAGCAGCAGCCGGAACUGCAGGAGCAGCCGUAUCAGCUAGACCUCGAAACGCACAGCCUUCCCUACCACCACCAGCAGCCGCAGCAGCAUUACCACGACCAGCAGCAGCAGCAGCAGCAGCAGCAGCAGCAGCAGCAGCAGCAGCAGCAGCAGCAGCAGCAGCAGGAGCAGCCACACUGCCACGAGCAUCACUGCCCAUCUACCACCUGCCAUCCCUCCUCCUCGUCCUCUUAUUCCUCCUCCCCCCGUCACACGCCCCUCCUCUACGCGCUGUCCCCUCGGCUGCACAGUGUGCUCGUGAAACUGCUCUCCCUCACUACCUCCACCUGUGUGCUCUGCCUCGCCACCGUGCAGCGCGCUCUCCUCAUCAUCCUCAACGUCUUCCUCUACUCUGUGUCGCUGUCCACCACGUUUGGAGGCUCGCCAGUGUCAGCGCACUCGCCCUACACGCUCGUGCUCGCCAACCUCAACACCCUCCUCGCGCAGUUCCUCUUCGUCUUCCUCUCCGGCGCUGUGUUUGCGCGCAUGUCAGUGCCGUCGCAGCCAGUGCGCUGCUCCUGCACCGCUCUCAUCUCCGAUCAGGCAUUCGCCCUGCCCUCCUCUGCUGCUGCUGCCUCUGCCAAGGCGUCUGAUUCUGCUGCUGCUGCUGCUGCUCCCCCAGACCGAGUCCGCGUAUUCUCAGCGCGCUUUGUGCUGACGGGCCCGGCGCCCUGCGACCUGGUGGAUGCACAGGUGUCGCUCACCUUCCGCUGCUUCCACAUGCUGCCCUCUUCUGUCUUGCCCCCUCAACCCCCCAGUCCUCAGCCCGUCUCUUCGCGUGUCCUAUCCCCUCCCGUGCCAUCCCCUCUCGGUCCCACCUCUUCCCCCUUCCUCUUCCUCUUCCUCCGAUCCCCCUUCCCGCACAUCACCCCUCUCCCCCCUCUCUGCAGCGUAUUCUCAGCGCGCUUUGUGCUGACGGGCCCGGCGCCCUGCGACCUGGUGGAUGCACAGGUGUCGCUCACCUUCCGCUGCUUCCACAUGCUGCCCUCGGGCUCUGUCUUCUGCUCCGUGCACGACCUGCCAGUCGUCAAGGGACAGGUGCCAUACCUGCAGUACGGCAUGAGUGUGCGGCACAUAGUGGACGAGAGCAGCCCCCUGUGGGGACACACGCCAGCCUCGCUGCAAGCAGGCGAUGCCAGCUUCGCCCUUGUCGUCUCGGGCACCGACAGGGCGUCCAUGCAGCCCGUCUUCCACAUCCAGGACUACUACGUGCAUGACGGGGAGGUGCAGUGGGGCAGCGAGUACGACGACUUUGUCAGUGUCUCGCACACGGGCGAGAGGGUGCUCGACCACUCGCGAGUCGACGCCAUUAAGACCUUCAAGGUGGGGCAUGCGCGUGUCGCCCUGAGUCUCUAUUUCCCCCGUUUCUCUCCCCUCAAACCUCAUGCCAUCGUCAUUCCGCCCUUCCCUUUCCGCCACUGUAUCGUAGGGUCCGCUGAACUUGUGUCGAGUCGCAUGCGCCCGGUGGUGUCGAUGCUGGAGCAGGCGCACCGGUCCUACCGCGCGCUGCACGCGCGCUACGAGAAGCAGCGCGCGGAGCACGAGCGCCUGCGCGGGUACGCGCGCGUGCAGGACGUGCGCGUGCUGGCGCUGGGGGAAGAGCUGGACGCGCUCGAGGCGCGCAUGAAGCGAGACGGCCCCCUGGCUGCUCUUGAGUGGCUGCGAUCGAGGGAGAGCAGGGAGGGCAGCAUGAGAACGAUUGUCGACAGCAAUAAACAGGAACCUCGUACGAUCACUACUAACGAGGAAUCGAAAACGGGCCAAAAAAGUGCGAGAGCCGCAGCCGCCGUUUUUGCUGGGCCUGAGGCACAGGCACAGACAUCACAACCAGCACUGGCACCAGCAGCAGAAAUGCCUUCAGGACUCGUGAGUAGCAAUACAACCGGAGCUGUGCCGGAGCCGCCUCACCGGGAGGGGAAGCCUCUCGGUGGAGAGGGCUUUGGGGCACCAGUGGGAGAGAACGCAGCGGAGUGGGAGCGGGUGUGGCUGGCGGCGGUGGAGGCGGUGAAGGCGGUGGCGGUGGUGAAGGCGGGGGAAGGGGGGACGGCGGAAGAUGUGGGGGAGGCGGGAAAGGCGCGGGAGCCUACGGCCAGGAAGAGACUUGACUUGCGCCUGGACUUCCAUGCAACGUGUCCAACUACAAAAACACAGUCACGGGAUUCGCUGAACGAGCCCACUGAAGCGAACAGUGCGCGCAGCACUAUUAGCAGCGGUCCAGCACCUCCAACUGCAGCGGUGUCCGAGCCAUGCGGGCUUGCAGCCCUCGCUACGAGCCUUCCCGCUGCCGGUACUGCCGCUGCUGCCCUGGUUCCCACUGGCGGGGAAGACGAGGCGGAAAGGGCCGUGCUGCCCGAGAGUGUGGAGGUGGGGGUGGGGACGCAAGGCGGGGAGGGGAGCUCUGCGCUGGAUGUGGGGAUGGGGAACGCAGGAGGGGGAGGAAGAUGGGGAGCAGUCAGGGAAAGUCCUCUGGGGAAGCGGGAGGGGAUAUCAGAGAAGGGUUUUGACAAAUCUAGCAAUGCGACCAAGGAGGAGAGAGGUGCAGGCCGUUCUGCUGGCGAUCAUCUGAGGCCUGCUGAGUGCGAGUCGAGUCCGACCGCCGUGACGGAGACCAUGGUGGCAGCGCCAACGGCAGAAUCACAAGCAGGAGCAAGAGGUACUGGUGGGUGCAUCCUGGAGGGUAACAGUGGUAGCAGUGGUAGUACGGUCGCGGCGACCCGUGCCAAAUGGGAGGCACUCAGUGCCAGGGCGGCAGAGGGCUCUAAGGAGGGCGGUUCAGAGAAAAGGAUAGAUGACGUGGCACGCAGCCGGCCGUCGAGACGCAGCGGGCGGCACAGCCGGCGGCCCAGCAUGGUUGAGAUAGAGGAGAUUAUCGAGCCCUCGCCUGCGUCUCCGGAGCUUUUCUCUCCUGCUUCUCCCGCUGCGGCCGCUGCUGCCACGGCCUCUGGGAAGGCGGGGUCGUGGCUGGGAGGUUCGGGCGGGGGAGCAGGACUACUGUUGAGCUCCCCUCUAUCCACUGCUGGUAGCAGCGCUAGCGUGGACAUGGGUGAGGGUUCUCCUCCUGGUACUAGCGCCUCUGGGCCGUCAGUGGCAUCAUCACCAGGGCUGUGGACCCAGCCCCUUGGCACUCCGCUUCAUCAACUCUCUCCAUCGCCGCUCUCUUCAGCCCCCGGCCGUGCUUUCGCAGCAGACCGAGGCGAUUCCGCUUUCCUCUCCGCUAAUCACUCGCCUGGAGUGGCAGCAGCAGCAGGAUGGGGGAGUAUGCAGUUGGACAUUUCCCCCCAGCAGCAGCCUGGGCAGCACGAGGAGUUAGUGCAGUCUGAGCUUUAUGAGCCUCCUCCCAGCGGUGCUGGGAUGGACAGGAGGAGGGCGACGUCAGGCGACUCUGUGAUGAUGGAGGCAAGGCCUGCGAAAGGGGGCUGGGAGGGGGGCAGUGGCAGCCAGUCGCCCCGGAGGGCGACGACGGCAGAGGAGGCAGGUCUGUGGGGGCAGAAGGCGAUGGGGGAGUGGAGUGGCAGCACUGGCGCAGAUGAGGGGUGGGUGAGCAGCACUGGAGGCUAUGGGUUUGCUGGUAAUAGUGCCAGUGGCGGUGAGAUGGCCGAGAGGAAUUCACAGCAGGGAUUUUUCGGGCGGAUGGUUGGUGCAUUGAGGGAGGAGGCUGCGAGGAAUGUGGACAGGAUAAGCGAAAAAGGGAUAUUGGCGAUUCCGGGUGCUACAGGAGGGUUUUACUACGGGCUGGUUCGACGGUCUCUUGGAGGUUCGUAA